AAUUUGAAGAAUUCUUCAAACGGAUAUCGAGUGAAACGUACGUAUCUACGAGAGCGCGCUCCGUACAUGAAUUGUUGAAAAGAUACAGUGUAACAACAACAAAGUGAAACGUAAACGCGUCUAUAACGUGCGGGUGUAUAUGUGUUUGCGCUGAAGUGCGCGUGCGAGAUUUCUUAUACACUUUUUGAAGAAAACACACCAAAAAUCAACGAAAAACUCAUAAUUAGUCUACGCGCUGAUUGAGUACGUGUACGCGCGUCUGUGUGUUGGUGUGACUCGUUGACUACCUGAGGCACCGCCGCUUGACUCAGUUACAUUGGCGGUUGGCCGCUUUGUGCGUUGAUUCUUUAUUUUUUUCGAUUUUUACCUUUUGUGUUGUGUAUUUGAUGCGCUUGAGGGAAUUCCAUGCGCUUUGAUGUUAUUUUCAUGUGGUCCGACAGCAACAGCAACAACAAGCAAGCGCUACAAGAAAAGUGGCAAGAUAGUAUAGUCAGUGCUCCAUAAAAUCGUGUGUAGCGGGUAUUUAUUUGUUACGGUAGUGAAUGUGUAGUAAAAGGAAACAACACAAAGAAGUUGAAUAAACGGCAGAAAAAGCAGCCCCAAAAACAAUAAGAAUACAAUAAGCAAGACAGCAGUUAAAUGAAAAGUGCUAUAAUAAUGCUGAAAAACAACACAAAUUGUUUACUUGAGCGCUAAAAAAGAAAAGAAAAGUUAUAUAAAUUAGUGUGCCUUUAAUAAAACUAACAAAAAUUAUUUAAAAAAUAAAUAAACAUAUAAAUAAAUCACAACGACAACUUCUUGUAGUUAAAAACAAUGCGCUAUCACAAAAUGAGCCAUCCCUACGCGCGCAUGCGCUCUGUAAUCUAUUGCAUUAUCCUGCAAUUAGUUGCAGCAGCUCACGCUGCGAACACCGGCUCGGCAACGAAUCAACACAUGUCCAGCAGCGGGCUUGUCAGUGGCAGCAGCAGCAGCGGCAUUGCCAAUGGCAACAAUGGAUUACAGUGUCAACGCAUCACGGUGCCGGCUUGCCAGGGCCUGGGCUACAACAUGACAGCAAUGCCGAAUUUGGCCGGACACACCAACCAGUUGGAAGCCGAACUGCGGAUGACGAAACUGCUGCCACUCAUCGAAUCGUCCUGCUCGAAUCGCGCACGCUUCCUGCUUUGCUCUUCGCUCUUUCCGCUUUGCACGCCCGAUGUACCACGUCCAGUCACCGCUUGCAAGCAGCUUUGCGAGACCGUAAAAAGCGAGUGCGAAACUCAUGUCGAACUCAUGCAACUGUGGCCCGACUUCCUAAACUGUGACACACUGCCACAACCGGAGAAACACGAGCUGUGCAUGCAAAUUCCACAAGAGUCCGAAAAGCAACACACGCAGCUGCAGCCACAUCCGCCCUCACCGCAACCGCAAUUUCAGCAGCCAACGCAAUUCUACUGGCCUUGGUCCGCCUGGAAGAUGCCACCACACUUGAGUAAACCAAUUGCGCCCACCGCCAUCUGUCCGCUCAACUUCACCGCCGAUCCGCUGAAUGCAGAGCUGUGCGUACCGCAAUGCAAUCGCGAUGCCUUUCACUCAACGCAACAGAAGAAAAUUGCGGAGGGUCUUAUCCUUGGUCUUUCGGCCGUUUGCUUCGUGUUAACACUCUUUUCGCUGGUCACAUUUUGGGCUGAGCCGACGCGUUUUGGUUACCCCGAGCGCCCAGUGCUUUUUCUCUGCCUCUGCUAUAAUCUCUUCAGUGUCUGCUAUCUGGAACGCAUCGUAUUCCACAACUCCACGCGUACACUCGCCAUGCUUGAAGAUCCGCUAGGUAAACUUAGCGCAGCCUGCUCGAUAUCGCCACCCUGCCUGGCCUCAUACAUCACCACAAGUUAUCUGAGUUUGUGCGCCGCGACCUGGUGGUUGAUCUUUGCGCUAUGCUUCUUCCUCUCUUCGCAUCAGAAGUGGUCGAGUGAGGCGCUCGAGAAAAAGUCCGGUCUAUUUCAUGUGCUGGCCUGGGUGCCACCAUUGGCGCCACCAAUUGCGGCGCUCUUAAUGGAACAGGUGCGCCCCAACGAACUGACUGGCAUGUGUUCAGCUUUCGGUUUUGUGGAAAUACCCGCUUUGGUACUACUCCUGCUCGGCCUUUUUUUUACCGUACGGGCCUCCAGAUCACUACACUCGCUGCAACAGCAAAUCAAACCAAUUUUCGGUCACCAACGCUUCUCGCAGAUCCGUAAGCGCUUUCUUAUAUUUUCGUUGCUGUUCUUCAUGCCGACAAUAGCGGGUGUGAUAACUUCAUUUUUUGAGCGCUACAUUGACUCGGUACCCGCCUGCUCUACACACGAAGAUUGCGCGCCGCCAGAACAACGCACAGCUUGGCCAACGCUUAUAAGAAUAUUCUUUCAACUUGCGGGCGGCACACUCACCGGCAUGUGGGUAUGGUCACGUAAGACCUGCGAGUCCUACCGCAGUCGACUGGUGGCCACGCCCACUUCUUCGUCAACAACUAAGUCGAUCUCAUCGUUGCCGAAGAAGCACAUACACACGAAUGGCAAAUCGGUCAGUAGCGCUUUGUAUAGCGGCAUCAACUUCCACAAUGUGCCGGUCUAUAAUCCGAAUCAAGCGCAUGUGUAGCGCUCAAUGCUGGGAGUACGCGGCUUCAGUGUUGCUGCUGAGCAACAACACAGUCCAAGGGAGGGUGUAUAUACUUUGGGAUUAUAUCUUUAAGUCAAUUACCUUUAAUGGAGUUUACAUAAGCUAACUUUUUAACUUGUAAAGGCUCGAAUAUUACGUUGUUUAACUGUAGUUCGUAUAUUUAACCUCAAAUUUUUGUAAAUGCUAUAGUUUUAAUUGUAAAUAAAUAAAAAGUAUUUUUGUUGUAUCCUUCUUUUCCAAUGUAUAAGAACGUAAAUAGUCGCCAUGCAGUAAAAUGGACUUGUUUAGAACUAUCUACUUAUGGCACAGUAUCAUGUGAAUAAGAUAUAGAUUUCGACUUUGCACGAACAGUUUAACGAAUACCACGAACUACUAUUCCAAUUUUCUCUUUUGGACCAGUUCGUUGAUAGUACGGAAUGCACUAUCUCAUUUCUCAAAAUUAUUGUAGUUUCUAUGUUACGGACUCCUAAUAUUUACUGUAUGGUCGCUAGUAUUCCACAACUUAGUUCUUACACAAUGUGCUAAUGCCAGCUGAAAAACUCUAAAAUCUUAAAAGAAAAUGUGUUAAUAGUUUUAAAUUGUAAAUAUAACCUAUUUAUAUAUUAAAUCGAAAUUUCGAUUUCUUUUGUAUUAAAGAAGCUCUAUGUAUACAUAUAUUUUACUACAUAUAAUUGUUGUUAGUAUAUCAAUAAUAUAAAUAUAUUUAUAUAAAUUUAAAUUAUUAAAUAAAAUAUAUUUUUUAAAA